CGUUAGAUUAUGCUCUCACGCGAGACAGCGUACACGAGGCCGAGUCCAACUGUCCGGAGCUUGCGAACCCUUGCGGUGCAUCUCCUGAUCUUCUUCGUUUGUUGGCAUUACGUUGAAAAGGAGAUCGGCACCGGUUGGCCUCUUCGCCGUCCAUCUGUUCCUGUGAUCUGAGCGAACGCAGGAGAAAAAUAGCAAACAAAUUAAGGAAAAAGGGAGGAAAAUAGGACGGAGGAAGUAUCUUCGUGGACUUUUUGGCGAGGAAGAUCGGAGGGGCUCUUUGGUCCCGAUCGUAGUCUGAGAGCGGCGGUGGCGGCGGCGGCGGCGGCGGCUUUAGCGGAGGAGGCGGCGGCGGCGGCGGUGAUGAUGAUGAGUUGAUGAGCUUGUGGAAAACGUAAUAUUUCAGGGUCCUGCUAUGAGGCCUUUUAUUUGAAUGGAAACCCUUGCCAGGAACUCGCUCUGUUUGGUUGGAUCUGGGCGAACCCACUACGGUGCUCCAGCGGCAUUGACUGUCGGCGGCUCGUCGAUCGUCGUCAGUGCGGUGUUUGUUUCUAGGUUUGUUUAAGUUCUGGGGGGCGGUACGGAGGGAGAGAAGAUGGGGGUUUCCGACGACGGUGACGGAGGUGGGAUCGGCGUUGAUUGCUGCGUCGGGACGAUCGUCUGGGUGCGGCGGAGGAACGGAUCCUGGUGGCCAGGAAGGAUUCUUGGCCCGGAAGAGCUGUCGGUGUCUCAUCUAAUGUCCCCUAGGUCAGGGACGCCAGUUAAACUACUCGGACGGGAGGACGCUAGCGUGGAUUGGUACAACUUGGAGAAAUCCAAACGCGUGAAGGCAUUUCGCUGUGGGGAGUUUGAUGCUUGCAUUGAAAAGGCUGAAGCUUCUCUAGGAGUUCCUAUAAAGAAAAGGGAGAAAUAUGCAAGACGAGAGGAUGCUAUUCUUCAUGCUCUUGAACUCGAAAGAAAGCAAAAUGAAAUGAAACAGCAACAAGAAGUCAUCAGAUCCAAUGGAGUUGAUGCCAAUAUUUUAGGUGAUCCAAAAGGAGAGUUCAAGGACUUGACUCCUUCAGAGACUGUCAUAAGAGAUCAAGAGUCCUUCAUGCAAGGAAAGGAUAGCAAGCAAAUAGUACAGGAGGAAGGAAUUUCUGCAACCAUUCAUCGGAUGACGGGACUGCAGGAUUCUGGCCUACGGACAGCUCCAAAGAAAAAACCUCUUCAGUCUGUUGCUUCACCAACUACCAAGGGUCCUGUUGAAAACAGUAUGGAUUGUCUUCCUAGUUCUGUGCAUCUAGUGAGAGGAAAAGGUAAUGUCAGUAGUGUCAAUGGUUUCAUGUCAAUUAAAAGAAAAAGAACACAGUUACAGGAUGGUCUGGUUGAAGAAUCUCUUGUCAAAAAACGUGAUCGACGUCGACCACUUGUUCAAGUAUUACAAAGUAGUGCUAAGUUGCAGGGCUCUUCUCAGAUUGAUCAUUUUCCUGAACUUGUAACUCUGGAAGGGGGACAAGAUCAUUUGGGUGAUGUACAUCGGGCAAAACGGAGCAGAUGUGUCUAUCUUCCAUUGGAUUCUGUUAAUUUGCAUGAUAAUGGGGGCUAUUCUUCUGAUGAUGUCCAAAGACCAUGCAACCAGUUUGAAAUGGAAGGUUGCCCUGACCAUUCUUCUUUUGUAGAAGACUGCACGUCAUCAGAGAUGAUCAAGAUAAAUGACUCUGAUUCUUCACUUAUGGAUUACUUGGAAACAGAGAUAGAGGAUGGAGAUAUCCUAGGAGAUACUGAUCAAUUGCUGACAUCAUCUGGACCAACAGAUCACUUCCCUUCUGCAUCUCAUCUUUCAGAAAAAUCUCCAGAUAUCGAAAAUGAUGAAAUGCCCUUUCCUGGUUAUGUUUCCCAUUCACAUCCUUAUGAACAUUCUUCUGCUGAGGUGGGAGUUUCUAAAUGGCACAUUAAGGGCAAACGUAACAUUCGAAGUCUAGUUAAGAGGCCAGUUGAUGUUAGGGAUGAUAAAAUUUGUGCCUCUAAUUUAGAUAAAUUUGAUGGUUCUGCAAGGGAAACUGCUUAUAGAACCAAAGGUUCCACUUUGAGGAUGAUAACAAUGGAAUCACCUAGCCAUGUGAUUGUAGAGCAAGAUUUAUGCCAUAUUAAAAGUGAGAACAUUGAUGCAUCGGAGGAACUUGUUGGUGACGAUGUUCUGCAGGAACAGAUGAAUGGAUAUAAUGAUCAAAGUUAUCCUUUAGUCGCAAAAGCAGCUAGGGAUCUUGGUAGAAGUCAGAUUAGCUUCAAAAAAUUGGAAAAUGAUACCCAUUUAACCUCUGUAUUUAGCUGGGAACCUGAUGAGCUAUCUGAUCAAACUCAAAUGAAAUAUUUGGAAGAAUCUGAUGAAUGCUUUGAUCCUCUUUAUGCUUAUUUCAGCAGAGGAAUGGGCUCAAAUUUAUUUAGUGUUGAUCUAAAAGUUAAAGCAAGUUAUCAAGGUGAACAUGUUCCUCUUGUUUCUUUGAUGAGUAGAUUGAAUGGAAAGGCAAUUAUAGGGCACCCUGUGCAGAUUGAAAUCGUAGAAGAUGGGUCCACCAAUCAAUAUUUUCCUAUCAAUCAUACUUUUCCUGAUGGAAAUACAACACACCAACCAGUCUGGAGGACUGCCAGAAGAACAGCCAUGCAACGAGUUCCACGGUCAAAUCCAGUGACAUCAUCUUGGGAGAAUGAUGAAGAUGGACGAUCUCAAUGUUCAAAGGGAGGAAAUAGAUGCCUGCCCAAUAUGCAUUUUGGUUAUUCCAAGAAUCAAUUGAGCUCAACAAAGAAGAAAGUAUGUUAUCCACACCAACCGCUCUCGGGGAACUUCCAUAAGAAGUCACAUAAAAAAGCAAACUUGUCGAGCCAAAAAACUAGAACACUUUCAUCUUUUGCAUCUGAAAAGAAACUUGGUCGUGCAAAUGGUGAAGUCAGGUUUGCUAGGGGUUGUAAUUUAUUGGGUGGUCUCAUGAAAUCAGAAGGGCAAAUGCCUUUGAUCACAUGUGUCCCUGCGAAGGUAGUGUUUAGCAGGAUUCUAGAAGCAGUUGGAAGGUCAUCAUCAAUUACAGCCCAUGUUCGAUUGUCAGAUGCAGCGACAAGAGAUACGUCGUAGGUAACAAUUAGUGACGGUUGCAAUAUAGUCCACCCAUUUGCUUCACUGCUUCGUAGGUUGACCUAUAAACUUCAUGCCAGAUGGAAUGGUUUGGAGUUUCACAAUCCCAUCAGUGGUGAGUGAGAGGCCUUUGCAGCUAAUCUGGCGACAUGAUCAGACACUCAGGGCAGAUGAAGCUUAGUUGCGAUAUUAUUCCUUCUCAGGGAGCUAAGAAGCUGAGCUUUUGCUGCGCCCAAACUGGACUUGGUCGGCAAAAGGCAAAACUGUCAUUUGAGAUGUUAAUUUGCAUCUUUUGGUUAGUUGACUUCAUAAAAUACUAACAAUUCAGUAUACGCGCAUCUCGUAAAUCUUAUAGCAAGCAAUGCAACAGAGCCACAUCUGUAGAAGUUUACACUUAUUGCAAGCCGGUUAUUUAUAGUGUAGUUCUCAAACUAGUGUACGAAUAGCAACCAAGGACGAACAUUUCUAUUAGCCCAACUGAAGAACUCAUGUGAAGUUGGUACGAGACUAUCUUCCUCACAUCUGAACCAUAAAUUUCAGUUUGUAUGCAGUCAGAUAUGUAUAUCUUUGUACUUGUUACAAUUCAGUAAUUAAUUGAUGUCAAGUGCUACAACUUCUGUGAAUGACACAUGGAAACUUUGUACUCUUUCCGUAGUUCAUUAAGAAUGGUCAAUAUGAUAAAAGUACGUCCUUUUCGAAUCCAUGUUUCCAAAGUUCAGUCAGUUAGCCAAGCUGAUUGAUUAUCAUUUGUUAAAGCGAUGUAUGGCAAUUUAUUUCAAGGUCAAUUUACUUUGAUUGACUGA